AUGGGGCAUCAAAACAACAUGGCGGAACAACGUGGCUUGAAAAACUUGCAAAGUAGCAAGAAUGCAGACCUAGUUCAUGGAUGAUCUAAAGCGUAUCGGAGCUAUUAAGUGCAGAGAGUUUUUUGAAUUUUUUUUGGAAACAAAUCAGCUUUGCAUAUUUUCCAGCGAACUCACCCAACACUGGAGAAGUCGAAAGGAAUGGGUGAAAGACGGGAAGCCUGACCUAGACUAUUUGUCAAAGGAAUUUGGUCAUGCUAUAGCACCUGUUGCUAACUGCUGUCAAACAAAAUAUGGCAGCCAAGUCAAGGAAGACAUGUCAGUCAAACAGUUUUGUGACUAUUGGAGGAACAGGUCUCAAGGUAUCAAUGAUACUCAGACACUUUACCUAAAGGACUGGCAUUUUUGUAAGGUGCAGCGACAGAGAGGACUUGCACCAUAUGUCCCUUUAAGAAGAGCAUUUCCAGCCUACAAUGCCUAUGAAACACCAGUCUAUUUUAAAUCUGAUUUUUUGAAUGAGUUUUGGGACCAGCGUAGUGACGUAGCUGAUGAUUACCGGUUUGUCUACAUGGGUCCUAAAGGCAGUUGGACCCCCUUUCAUGCAGAUGUGUUCAGGUCUUAUAGUUGGUCUGCAAACAUUUGUGGAUGCAAGAAGUGGCUGAUUUAUCCACCAGGUCAAGAAAAAUAUUUGACUGACAGGCUAGGCAACCUUGUAUAUGACAUCACGUCAGAUGACAUGAAUGACAGACAUCAAUUCCCAGACUUUGAAAAAGCCUCAAAGCCAAUCACAGUCAUACAGAGAGAGGGAGAGGUCAUUUUUGUCCCGAGUGGUUGGCACCAUCAAGUUAUAAACUUGGAGGACACCAUUUCUAUCAACCAUAACUGGACCAAUGCUUGUGGGAUUUAUAAAAUGUGGGAACACUUGCAGAGUGAACUUAGCAAGGUGCACCGGAGUAUAGAGGAUUGUAGGGACAUGGAAAACUGGCAUGAACACUGUCAGGUUGUUUUAAGAGCAAGUUGUGGAUUGAAUUAUGAAGAAUUCGUGGAGUUUCUUGACGUUAUCGCAAGCCCAAGGAUACGAACAAUCACAGGGAAAGUUGUGGAUGAAGGUAAUCAAGACAAACAUCUUGACAGUAAAAAAUCUCACUCAAAAACAGAGUCUAAAAGCUCAGUGUUUCAAGAUUGGAGCGCUUCGAUGAAAACUCUGGAAGAACAAGAACAGCAGUUAUUGAUUGACUAUUGCAGAUACGAUCUUGUAAAAGUAAAAGAAUGCCUCAUGAGUUUAAAAGACGAAACCUCGUUCAUCAAGUUACAAAAUAAACAUCUUCAAAUCGUAGUUGACGAACUACUGCGGGAAAUCCAUGCUGCUCUAGAUAGAAAACCUUAAAAGUUUAUCCAAGUCCAAGUCACAAACGACGAAACUAACGUUUGCUUUUGUAUUAAAUAACGAGAAGACAGAAAUUCGAGUAAUAAAAAAAGAUGAAGAAAAAAAGACUGUGAUGUGAUCAUG